AUGGCAUCACCGCUGCCCUUGCUCUGUCUCUGCAUCGCAGUCGCGCACCUAGCGGGAGCGCGAGACGCCACCUCUACCGAGGAGCGCACUGCAGCCGCCCGGGGUCUUCUAGGACGGCCGCCAGACCCCAGCCAGCCCUCGCCAGCCCUGGAGGACUGGGAGGAGGCCAGCGAGUGGACGUCGUGGUUCAACGUGGACCACCCGGGAGGAGAUGGCGACUUCGAGAGCUUGGCCGCCAUCCGCUUCUACUACGGCCCCGCGCGCGUGUGCCCGCGGCCGCUGGCGCUGGAGGCGCGCACCACAGACUGGGCGCUACCGGCCUCCGUGGGCGAGCGGGUACAUGCCAACCCAGCACGCGGUUUCUGGUGUCUCAAUCGGGAGCAGCUGCGAGGCCGCCGCUGCUCCAACUACCAUGUGCGCUUCCGCUGCCCACUGGAGGCCGCGUGGGGCGCGUGGGGCGCGUGGGGUCUCUGCUCCAAGAGCUGCGGUCCAGGCCGUCGCCUGCGCCGCCGCAGCUGUCAAAGCUCGUCUGGGGAUCCGUGUCCUGGGAGCCCCCAGGAGGCGCAGAAGUGCGUGAGGUCCCGGUGCCCAGGGUGUAGCUCUGACACCUGCGGGUGCCCUGACCACAUCCUCUUGGGCUCAGUGGUCACCCCAUCUGGGCGACAGCUGGCAGGAGCCAGGGUCUUCCUUGGAGCCCGACCUGGCAUAGUAACCACCAGUGACACCCACGGAACCUUCCGGGUGCCUGGAGUCUGCGCUGGCAGCCAGGCCAAUGUCAGUGCCCAGAUGAAUGGCUUCUCUGCUGGUACAGCCCAGGCCCAUGCCAACAGCUCCAACUCAGCCGUGGUCACCGUCGUCCUUAAAGAGUUAGGGAAGCCAUACCUGUUAAAGCACCCUGAGUCCCGAGUGCGAGAGGCAGGGCAGAAGGUGACCUUCUGCUGCAAGGCUUCGGGGACCCCCAUGCCUAAGAAAUAUUCCUGGUUCCACAACGGGACCCUGCUGGACCGGCGCCAGCACGGGUCUGGGCCGCAUCUGGAGCUCCGGGGGCUUCGCGAGGACCAGGCAGGGGAGUACCACUGCAAGGCCUGGAACGAGGCUGGCGCCGCGCGCUCCCGCGCCGCCCAGCUCACUGUGCUCGCUCCCGGCCAGCCAGCCUGCGACCCCCGACCUCAGGAACACUUGAUCAAGCUUCCGGACGACUGUGGCCAGUCCAGCGACAGCCCCGCAUACCUAGACGUGGGCCUGUGCGCGGACACGCGCUGCCCGGGCCCCGUGGGCUCCAGCCCUCGCUGUGGGGACGCGGGCUCUCGCUGCUGUUCAGUGGUGCGCCUGGAGAGCAGGGAAAUCCGCUGCUCCGGCUACGUGCUCCCGGUGAAGGUGGUGGCCGAGUGUGGCUGUCGCAAGUGCCUGCCCCGUCGGGGGCUGGUGAGGGGCCGCGUGGUGGCUGCGGACUCUGGGGAGCCCCUGCGCUUCGCCAACAUCCUGCUGGGCCGCGCUCCCAUCGGCUUCACCUCCUACCAGGGCGACUUCACCAUCGAGGUGCCGCCGGCCACCGAGCGCCUCGUGGUGACCUUCGUGGACCCGAGUGGCGAGUUCGUGGACAGCGUCCGCGUGCUGCCCUUCGACCCCCGCGGCGCCGGCGUGUACCACGAGGUCCGUGCGCUGCGCAAGGCGGCCGCAGUGUUGCUGGACGCGGAGCGCGGCGGUGCAAUCCCUCUGGGCGGCGCGGAGGAGGAGGAGGCGGCGGCACCAGCUCUAGGCGAGCUGGUCUUGCCGCCCGGGACCUUCCGCUACCCCGACGGCCGUCCCUACGCCGGACCAGUAGAGGCGCGUGUCACCUUCGUGGACCCUCGUGACCUGGCGUCGGCGUCCGCGGCGUCCAGCGACCUGCGCUUCCUGGACAGCUCGGGCGAGCUGGCGCCACUGCGCACCUACGGCAUGUUCGCGGUGGACCUGCGCGCGCCCGGCUCCGCGGAGCAGCUGCACGCGGCACGCGCGGCCGUGCGCGUGGACGCCGAACACGUGCGCAUGCCGGGCCACGCCGAGGCUCUGGCGCUCUGGUCGCUGGAGCCGGAGACCGGCCUGUGGGAGGUGGAGGGGGACGAGCAGGGGGAAGGCGGCUUCCGGCGCGAGGAGGCGGCGGCGCGCGUGCGCAGGGAGGAGCGUGCGUUCCUCGUGGGCGCGCUCACCGUGCGCGAGCGCCGCCUCUUCAACCUGGACGUGCCCGAGCGGCGCCGCUGCUUCGUGAAGGUCCGCGCCUACGGCACCGACCGCUUCGCGCCCGCAGAGCAGGUGCAGGGCGUGGUGGUGACGCUGCUCAACCUGGAGCCCGCGCCCGGCUUCACGGGCAACCCUCGCGCGUGGGGCCGCUUCGACAGCGCAGUCACCGGGCCCAACGGCGCGUGCGUGCCCGCCUUCUGCGAUGCCGAGAGGCCCGACGCCUACACGGCUUUGGUGACCGCGACUCUGGGCGGCGAGGAGCUGGAGGCCGCGCCGUCGCGGCCACGCGCGACCGCAGCCACCGUGGGCGUAGCACAGCCCUAUUUGGAGCGCCUCGGCUACCAGCGCACAGACCACGACGACCCAGCGCUCAAGCGCACCGGCUUCCGCGUGAACCUUGCGCGCCCACGCGCGGGCCGCGAGUCCGAGGCGCGCGGGCCCGUGUAUCCGUGGCGCCGCCUGCGCGACUGUGAGGACGCGCCGGUCACCGACAGCCACUUCCGAUUCUCGCGCGUGGAGGCAGACAAGUACGAGUACGACGUGGUGCCGUUCCGUGAGGGGGCACCCGCCUCGUGGACCGGAGACCUGCUGGCCUGGUGGCCCAACCCGCAGGAGUUCCGCGCGUGCUUCCUGAAGGUGCGACUGCUGGGCCCGCAGGAGUACAUGGUGCGCUCGCACAACGCGGGCGGCACCCACGCGGCCACGCGCGGCCGCCUCUACGGCCUUCGGGACACCCGCAGCGUGCGCCACCCCGAGCGCCCCGGCGCCUCGGCCGCCUGCGUGGAGUUCAAGUGCGGCGGCAUGCUGUUCGAUCAGCGCCAGGUGGACAGGACGCUGGUGACUGUGACCCCGCAGGGCAGCUGCCGCCGUGUGGCCGUCAACACGCUCCUGCAGGACUACCUAGCCCGGCACCCGCCGCUCGCUCCCGACGACGACGACCUAACCACCUUCGCCAUGCUCGCUCCGCUCGACGCGCUGGGCCACAACUAUGGCGUCUAUACGGUCACUGACCAGAGCCCACGGCUGGCCAAGGAGAUAGCCAUCGGCCGCUGCUUCGACGGCUCCUCCGACGGGUUCUCCCGGGAGAUGAAGGCGGACGCGGGCACGGCUGUCACCUUCCAGUGCCGUGAGCCCCCUGCCAGGCCCAGUCUCUUCCAGCGGCUGCUGGAGAACCCAGAAUCAGCACUGGGUGACAUCCGUAGGGAGAUGGGUCAGGCCACCCGGGUUGCCCAGACCCAAGCCGGAGAUACCGACCCCUUCGGCGUGCGCCCCGGACAGUGACCUGGUCCACGACCUCACUCCUCUGCCUCGCUUUAGACUCCGGUGUCUUCAGAAAGCCUUGCCCCAUUUGUUCCCAGGCUUCUGGGUCCCCUUUCCUGCCCAGAAUUUGGUCAAGACA